GUCCUUACUCUUAACCAAAUAAGUGUGUAGCAAAUGUGUUUCUAUAAUACCGAAAUCCGCCUGUACAGAGUGGUGUUUGUAACACGGGAGCAGUAUUUUGAAACUCGCAUGAGUAUUAUACAGAAGUGUUUCCUGUUCGCGGCGGUGUGUUGGUUAAUUGGGCGGUUACAGACACAGCCUGGUCUGGGCACUGUGAAUUCUGGGGUGUGAUCUCUGUAAGGAGUUCAGGAGGAGAUAGCCGAGCGAAACUCUAAACAGGCCUUAAAGAUGGCCACCACUCCUAAUGGGUGGAUUGGGGGUGCAUACCUCUUUGUCCAAUCAGACCAGACCUCACUCCCCGAUCAGUAUAAUAGCAACAGACUUGAGGUGUACAGAGCACUGAGAUCUGCAUUGUCAGAGUCCAUUGAGAUCCUGAAGAUUCACUGCAGUGAGCCACACCUGAUUCUUAACCUGAAGUUUUGUGGCAAGGAGCCAUGCCAGAUGUUUAUCCAACAUUACAGAGCCCAGCGGGUGCACCAAAACAUCCAGGAGGAUCUUCAAUCUUGUCUGUCCUUGGAUUUUGUGCCUAUCUGUUUGGAACUUAAAGUUGGUGACAUAAACCUGAACAGUAUGCUGGAGGAAGAGGAUCUAUGUCUGGAAUACAUCAACUCAGGAAGGCCCACUUAUCAGAAGGAUGAUGAAUUUGUUGAAUUGGACGAGCUUUUGAAGAAGAUGACAUUGGGAUCCAGUGGUCAAUCGAACAGCUCAACCCCUUCACUGAACUGUUUCACCUCUGCUCCACACUCCCUCCGAACCAAUGGGAAUUUACAAUCUGAAGGGAGCACUUUUAAUUUUCAAGGACAAGAAUUUGAUGACAGGGUGCUGAGUUUUGAUCAUCACAAUCUGUUUGCCAAGUCUGUGGGCAAGAAAUGGAAGCAGGUGGGCCGAACUCUGAGCAAAACCUGCACAGCUUUACAUGACCCUGCAAUUGACAACCUGGGCUUUGAAUAUGAAAGAGAAGGCCUAUAUGAACAGGCUUACCAAUUACUGCGCAAGUUUAAAGACUGCGAAGGAAGAAAAGCCACUUUACAAAGAUUGAUAAAAGCAUUGGAGGAAAAUGGACUGAAUAAUAUAGCAGAUGAUUUAUUAUCCCUUCCCUAGAAUUAAUCUAGAUUAUACAACACUGAACAUUUGGAGCAACAGGGUAUAUUAUGUGGGGAAUAAGACCACAGAUAUAGUGCCACAAAUUCUGUUUCUUUGACAUUUAUCUACUUACAGUGGCAGACAUGGUUGGAAAAGGUGGUUUUUAUACCACAGUGUUAUAAAUGUGGAUAUCUGAUUUUAGAACACUGCAUUUUAUUUUAUUUUUUUAUGCUAGUCUCUGUAUCAAAUGAUACAACAAAGAGCUCUAAAUCUCAACAUAUUAAAAUGUGGUCUAUGUGGGUAUAUUCAUCUCCUUUCUUGAUUUUAAACUGUACAACUAAAUAACACAUAUCUGGGGUUGUUGUGAAAAAACAAACCAUCUGAUACUUAACUAUAUUUGCUAAAGUUCAGCAUGAUAAAUAAGGGGGCAUUUUAUAGGUUUUAAAGGCCAUCUCAAAAAUCACCUUCAGAUGUGCAGUCUCACUGUCGCUAAAUAAAGAGACUUCCUUUAUUA